AAAAAAAAUCAACAAACAAUAAAAUAAAAAAUUCCUUACCUUUUUUUUCUUCUUCUUAUUUUGGCAUCAAAAUUCCUUACCCUUUUGAACAAUAAACACACACAACAAAAACUACCCAUAACACUAUUUAAACCAAAGAAGCCAAAUACAAAAAAAUAAUACCAAUAAAUUCAAGCCCACUCCUUCUUUCCUUCAAACCAACCAACUCUUCCAUUUCACCCCAAAAACAAUCCAAAUCCAUAAAAAGCUUCAAUCUUUCACCUUCAAUGGCGUAAAGCAAUCCCAAAAUCACUCAUCAAAGUAAAAUAAAAAUCCAAUCUUUAAAUAAAGAAAGAAAGAAGAGAGUGAGUUAGAGAGUGAAGUUUGUUUUGGGGGUUUUGGAUUUUGGUUUUUUUAUGAAGAAGAUUGAAAAAAGUUUGAAUCUUCAAUCUGGGAAAGCAGGGAGAUUUGUUCUUGGAUGGUAUUUUCGAUUGCAUCCAUGAAAUUACAUUGGCUUUGUCAAUUUUCUCUGACAGAAGAAAUAUGACAGACUCUGCUUAUAGAGUCGAAACGACGUCGCGUUUAGCUCAAUGGAGAAUCGAUAAUUUGUCUUCUUGUACUUACAGAAAGUCUGAUCCUUUCAAGAUUGGAAAAUGGAAUUGGCAUUUAUCUGUGGAGAAAAACAGAGUUUUAUUGAUUAAAUUAUAUCCUGAAAUAUCUAAUUUCACAAGAGAGACUCCACCGAUUGCUUCUUUUAUUAUUAAAGUGGUUUGUUCUGUUGGUGAUCGUAAGGCUCUGAUUCAUCCUGAGAUUAAGGAUAAACAGCUUAAGAAUAAUGAAGAUUUCAUUUGGGCUGUUGAUGUUCCUUUAACUGGAAAAUUCAUUAUUGAUGUUGAAUUUCUUGAUUUGAAGAUUGCUUCACCAACUGGUGGAGAGCCUUGCUCAAUUUGGGCAGAUGGACAAACACAAAAACAAUCAAACACAACCGCUCUUUUCUCGCUCAGCAAAAUGUUAACGGAAGGUAUUCACACAGACAUCGUGAUCCAUGCUUCCAAUGGAAGCAUUGGAGCUCACCGCGCAGUACUGGCAUCAAGAUCACCGGUUUUUCGUAGCAUGUUCUCGCACGACCUCAAAGAAAAAGAAUUAUCCAUCAUAAACAUUUCGGACAUGUCAAUUGAAGCAUGUCAAGCUUUUCUCAACUACAUUUAUGGUACCAUCAAACACGAAGAGUUUCUCUUCCACAGGCUCGAUCUUCUCCAAGCCGCGGACAAAUAUGACAUCUCGGACCUAAAAGAGGCGUGUCACGAUAGCCUACUUGAGGAUAUUGACACGAAAAAUGUUCUCGAAAGGCUUCAAAAUGCGUCUCUUUAUCAAAUGCCAAAACUCAAGGCUAAUUGCAUGAGAUACCUUGUAAAAUUUGGUAAGAUUUUCGAUAUUGGUGAAGAUUUCGAUGCUUUCUUGAUAUCUGCUGAUAGAGAGCUCAUAGCUGAAAUCUUCCAUGAAGUUCUUGGUGCUUGGAAAGGGUUUUAAUUAAAAAGGAAUGGGAUUUGUGUCUUAAUUGGGUUUUUUAUUUUUCAUUAUCUAAAUUUAAAGUCCAUAAAGAUGGACUCUUAGAAAUAUUGCUUAAUUAGUAUAUGCAAAAUUUGUUGUCAAAAAGAAAAAAGAUAUUCUUUUGUGCAUAUGGGAUUUGGAAUUUUUAGGUCCUUGAUGAUGAUGAUGAUGAUUAUGUAAAUAUAUUGUUGGUUUUUAAAGGCAUUGAUUGAUUAUCUUUUGUAUAAUAUCUUUGUCACAUAACUUACAUUCUUCAAUGAAAGAGAUUUGGAUAUUAUAUUUUAUCGUAA